GCGGGGGAGGAAGGAAACGGUACGCAGCCGCAGUCGAGGUUCUCCAUAUAUCUGGCUCACCACCAGUGUUUGUCAUUUUAUCAUCAACACUCAGCCUUCGUUUAUCAUUUUUCUUUCUGGAAAAAAGCAGCAGUUUGCGGGAUAUUUGUCCGAAGAAGGUAAAAUACCGUAAAGGGAACGGCAGAAACAUGAGUGUUGAGGCGUACGGGCCGAGCUCGCAGACCCUAACGUUCCUGGACACCGAAGAAGCCGAGCUGCUGGGAGCGGACACCCAGGGCUCCGAGUACGAUUUCACCGAUUUUACCCUGCCGAGCCAGACCCAGACACAAGGCCAGACUCAGAGCCAGCUGGACGGACAGAUUAAUGGCCCAGAUGGAGUCCUUCAGAAUGGAGAUGACCCUGUGGUAAAGGCCAGUCAGCUGCUGGCAGAGUUGAACUUUGAGGAGGAUGAGGAGGACACCUACUACACCAAAGACCUACCUGUGCAUGCCUGCAGUUACUGUGGGAUUCAUGAUCCAGCCUGUGUGGUCUACUGCAACACCAGCAAGAAGUGGUUUUGUAACGGCCGUGGAAACACAUCCGGCAGCCAUAUUGUAAACCACCUGGUGAGGGCAAAGUCCAAGGAGGUGACCCUUCAUAAAGAUGGCCCGCUAGGGGAAACUGUCCUGGAAUGUUACAACUGUGGCUGCCGCAACGUCUUCCUGCUCGGUUUCAUCCCAGCGAAGGCGGACUCAGUCGUGGUGUUACUGUGCAGGCAGCCAUGUGCCAGCCAGAGCAGCCUGAAGGACAUCAACUGGGACAGCUCACAGUGGCAGCCUCUCAUCCAGGACCGCUGCUUCCUGUCCUGGCUGGUCAAAAUCCCGUCAGAACAGGAGCAGCUCAGGGCUCGUCAGAUCACUGCCCAGCAGAUCAACAAACUCGAAGAACUCUGGAAGGAAAAUCCCACUGCAACCUUGGAAGACUUGGAGAAGCCUGGUGUGGAUGAAGAGCCUCAGCAUGUCCUCCUGCGCUAUGAGGAUGCCUACCAGUACCAGAACAUCUUUGGUCCUCUUGUGAAGCUGGAGGCAGACUACGAUAAGAAACUCAAAGAGUCCCAGACUCAGGACAACAUUACGGUCAGAUGGGACUUGGGACUGAAUAAGAAAAGAAUUGCUUAUUUCACACUUCCCAAGACUGACUCAGACAUGAGACUGAUGCAGGGAGAUGAAAUCUGCCUCCGGUACAAAGGAGACCUGGCUCCUCCAUGGAAAGGCAUUGGACAUGUCAUCAAAGUUCCUGACAAUUAUGGUGAUGAGAUUGCCAUAGAGCUCAGAAGCAGUGCAGGGGCCCCGGUGGAGAUCCCACACAACUUUCAGGUCGACUUUGUGUGGAAAUCCACUUCCUUUGACAGGAUGCAGAGUGCCCUGAAGACCUUUGCAGUCGAUGAAACCUCAGUAUCAGGUUACAUCUACCACAAACUGCUUGGACAUGAGGUAGAAGACGUGGUCAUUAAGUGUCAGCUGCCCAAACGCUUCACAGCUCAAGGGCUGCCAGACCUUAACCACUCGCAGGUGUAUGCAGUGAAGACCGUGUUGCAGCGUCCCCUCAGUCUGAUCCAGGGUCCUCCGGGCACAGGGAAGACCGUAACCUCUGCCACUAUCGUGUACCAUUUGGCACGACAGGGCAAUGGGCCAGUGCUUGUGUGCGCUCCCAGUAACAUCGCAGUUGACCAGCUGACAGAGAAGAUCCAUCAGACAGGACUGAAAGUGGUGAGACUGUGCGCCAAGAGUAGGGAGGCCAUCGACUCACCUGUAUCCUUCUUGGCUCUGCACAACCAGACCCGAAACAUGGACAGCAUGCCUGAGCUUCAGAAGCUCCAGCAGCUGAAGGAUGAGACUGGAGAGCUGUCCUCCUCAGACGAGAAACGCUACAGGGCUCUGAGACGCACUGCUGAGAGGGAGCUUUUAAUGAAUGCUGAUGUGAUCUGCUGUACCUGUGUCGGGGCCGGCGACCCUCGUUUGGCCAAGAUGCAGUUCCGCUCCAUUCUGAUCGAUGAGAGCACUCAGGCCACCGAACCAGAGUGCAUGGUUCCUGUUGUUCUGGGAGCCAAACAGUUGAUCCUGGUGGGCGACCACUGCCAGCUUGGCCCUGUGGUGAUGUGUAAGAAGGCAGCCAAAGCAGGUCUAUCUCAGUCUCUUUUUGAACGUCUGGUCGUUCUUGGGAUCCGGCCAAUCCGUUUGCAGGUCCAGUACCGCAUGCACCCAGCCCUCAGUGCCUUUCCCUCCAACAUCUUUUAUGAGGGCUCUCUGCAGAACGGAGUCACUGCCGGGGAUCGUGUGAAAAAAGGCUUUGAUUUCCAGUGGCCACAGCCCGACAAACCCAUGUUCUUUUAUGUCACACAAGGCCAAGAGGAAAUAGCCAGCUCCGGAACAUCCUAUCUGAACAGGACGGAGGCGGCUAAUGUAGAGAAAAUCACCACAAGGCUGCUGAAGGCUGGAGCGAAACCUGAUCAGAUUGGUAUCAUCACCCCCUAUGAGGGGCAGAGGUCCUAUCUGGUCCAGUACAUGCAGUUCAGUGGCUCCCUGCACACCAAGCUCUACCAGGAGGUUGAAAUUGCCAGUGUUGAUGCUUUCCAAGGCAGAGAGAAGGACUUUAUCAUCCUGUCCUGUGUGAGAGCCAAUGAGCACCAGGGUAUUGGCUUCCUUAAUGAUCCCAGACGUCUCAAUGUGGCGCUAACCAGGGCAAGGUAUGGUGUGAUCAUUGUGGGGAACCCUAAGGCUCUGUCUAAACAGCCUCUGUGGAACCACCUGUUGAACUAUUAUAAGGAGCAGAAGGUCCUGGUUGAAGGUCCUCUCAACAACCUGAGGGAGAGCCUCAUGCAAUUCAGCAAACCCCGCAAGCUGGUCAACACCAUCAACCCCGGAGGUAGAUUCAUGAGCACAGCCAUGUAUGAUGCCAGAGAAGCCCUUAUUCCUGGAUCUGCUUACGAUCGCAGCAGCAACGGCCGUACAUCCAACAUGUAUUUCCAAACACACGACCAGAUCGGUAUGAUUGGCACUGGCCCAAAUCCAAUGACUUCCAUGAACAUCCCGAUCCCCUUCAACCUCGUGAUGCCGCCCAUACCUCCGCCUGGGUACAUGGGACAAGUCAACGGGCCCACAGCAGGUCGCGGUGGAGGUAUGAAAGGAAAGACAGGAAGUGGAGGAGGAGGCGGAGGUCGAGGUGGUCGUCAAAGAAAUCGUGGCAACAUGGGAAGCGGCGGGAAUGGAGCGGACCGUGGACAGCAUGGAGGCCACAUGAGCGGCAGUCAGGCCAGUCAGGACCUGGGCUCCCAGUCCUUCUCCCAGGGGCCGCUGACCCAGGGCUACAUCAACAUGAGUCAGCCGUCACAGAUGAGCCAGCCUGGCCUCUCCCAACCAGAGCUGUCACAGGACAGUUACCUGGGAGACGAGUUCAAGUCCCAGAUUGAUGUGGCUUUGUCCCAGGACUCCACCUACCAGGGGGAGCGGGCCUACCAACACGGUGGUGUAACUGGACUGUCCCAGUACUAGACUGUUUCUGGAAAGGAGCUAGGCUUGUUUAUGCUUAGUUCAAUGGAAUUUUAAUCUGGGUAAUAACAAAAAAGAACAAACAUGGAUACCCGUUUUCCACUGCUACAACCGAAGCACCACUGUGUGAAAGUAACAGGAGAGAGACCGUGAGAAACCAACCAAUCACAAGAGUGAGAGCAAAAAAAUGGGAGUAGAGCUGGACAGGAAGAGAGCAAGACAGCGGGAGACUGGAGGAGCGAAGGUGCUGCCGCUCGCACACGAAGACAAGGCGAAGGUGAAAGCUGUCGUCGUCGGAGCAGGGCAGUUGGCGAGGCGAGACCUUCGACAGGUCGAGGAGGGCGGAAGGUCCACGCGAUUCUGCAGGUGGAAAAGGGGUGGGGGGGUUGGGCGGCUGUGUCACCUUGUCCCUCAUGUGCCCCCACCGAACCCUCGAGGAUCUCCAGGAGGAUGGUUGGGAAUCUUGCUCCAAAAGCUGAGAAGGAUGGAGAAGAGGUGUCUCACACAAAUGUCCUCCAAGAUAACUCAACAGGACGUCUUCUGUGACUUGGAGAGAGAGAAAACAAAAAAGGGGACACAACUCUUGAAGCAGUUGACAACUUUUUUAAACUCAAAGCUUGAACUGAGGCUCGUGCAUCUGAUCACAUCUAAGCAUCUAGGAGUAAAGAGAGUCAAAACACUGGCUAUUCAAGUGAACUCAAGUGUCUGUGGUUUUGUGCCUCAAAGAAUUUACAUGAAAUUUGAGGAUUAUGCAGCCACGGACUAUUUGCUUUUCUUUCUCAGCUUUGAGUUGGAAAGUUUUCUGAAUAAAAGCUGUUUUCAUUGAGGUUUUCAGCGAUAAGUGAAAGCUAGCAUAGUCGGCCGUCUUUGGAGGAGGUCUUUCUCAAGGUGGUCUGCAAAGUGGUGGAAUUAGCUCUUAAAAAUAUACAAGUUAAGGAAAAACAUGUUUGUCUCCAGAUCUAAGGAGGUCGGCUCCAAAGAUCUGCGCUUAGCGAGACAAUAUUGUUUUUGGUUCUUCUAAAUGUAUCUGUGCUUGUGCGAAAAGAGUGAAAAGACGUGCAUCUUAACCAGUUUAUAACUGACUGAAGCUGUCAUUCUUUGAACAUUUGGAAAACCGCAUUCCUGAUUCACUGCUGACCCCGACUCACUAAAGCUAGCAGAGCAUAUAAUGCAAAAUGCAUCAAAUAAGCCAAAUCAAGAGGGUAGUACUCCACAAAGACAGCUGCCUGAGAGUCACGCGUUGGUAAAACAUGCAUACGAUGAGUUUCUUUAUGUACAGUCGAAGCACCAGUUUAUCACUGUGAGGUGAAGCAGGCUGUGGUUACAUGGACGAUAUUUCCUCAACCUGAAUGAUUAUGAGAUUCACUGUUUACAUGACUGAUGUAUGUUUACACAUCCCGGAGCUUUUAAAGCCUCAGUUAGCAGAAAUUUUAAUGGUGUCACUGGGUAACAAUUCCAUUUUAUCCUCUGAGAGUAAACUUGAUUUAUGAACCUCCUCUUGGCUUUGUUUUUAGAAGCGGAGGGAUGGAUAAGCAGGUGAUUGAUGGUUCUUUUUUGGUUUUACUAUUUUUACAUGAGGAGUAGCUGUGUUUUCACCACCUGCUGUUUUCUAAAUCCUCCCUACUAAAGUUUUAUCUGUAGACGGUUACGAUAUUCACAAAAUGGUUCAUCCAUCUGUGAAUCGUCUAAAUGGCCAGAAAUAUAAUGAAAGAAGCAGGUUUUGUUUUCUUGGUCCGUGGUCCUAUUCAUCUUGUAGGAACAACCCUUUGAUCUAAUGUUACCUGCACAAAAAGAACAUAUUAUCUCCAGAAAGAAACAAUUAGAUUAAUGACCAGGUAUGAUAAUUGUGUAUCAUUAUGUUCCUGUUGACUGAACUGACAAGGCUCACAUUACCUCUCUAAACCCUAUUGAUAAUUCCUUCCCGUUGGGUCAGUGACCUUAGUUCGAAGUGGUAACGUGAGGUAUUUUUCUUCUGAAUAUUAGUGGAAUAUUACGCUCCAUGUAAACCCAGCAAAUGGUGUAAGAAUGAGCUUGAGUUCCUGUUGUGAAGUGCUCACUACACAGGAUAGUAAAAGCUAAAGUGCUGUGUAAAACAGACUUUCACCACAUUCCAUUGAGGUGAAAGAUCCUGGGAAAUGCAUUCUGAAACGUCUGCUGAUUAGAAAUUCAGAGGUGACGCUGUAUUUGGCUUAAAAUAGCUUUAAUUACCUACACAAAAUGUCAUGAAUGUUAAUAUUUAUUUAUGAAGGACUAGUCUGGUGAAUACCUACAUUUCUUCCCCAUAGUAUUCUGUUUGUACGUUGUGUCUGGACAUCUGGAAGUUUUAGAAUAGAGAAGAGUGAAACUGACAAUAGAAGUAGUGAAUCUGAUAAAAAUACCUAUGUCAGCCUUGUGUUUAACUUUCAAGGUGGAUGUGUUGUAAAUCUUACCAACACUACUGAUGCAGCUCGAUCUAUCUUGUUUUGUAGUAUAACCCAUAUAAAAUUUAAUGUUCAUGUCAUUUAAGUGCAUAUGUUGAAAAAUCUUAAAACUGCUGUAAAGUAGUGUAGUAAGUGCUCUGUCCAAAGCAGCCAAAUACCAGUAAUAUAUUAAGACUAGGUUCAGCUUCAAGCAUCUCUUUAAAUCCAUAGACUGUCGGUGUGAGUGAAUUUCCAUCAUCUCUAAUGUCUGUCAUCAUUAGCCACAUGUUCACGUUUAGUACAGUAUGCAUAAAAAAAAAUAGAACUAUUUCCUUACCAACAGUUUUUGCAUGUUCUAUGACUUCAAGGGUAGUUUUUGAGUUGUAUUUUUCUCUUUUCUGUAUUUUUUUUUUGCGUAUAUAAUCUUAAUUUGGCUUCAUUUGCUGUUUGAAACUGAACUGAAAACCAAGCUGAAGUUUUGUGUUUGCCACAUUUUGUUGUUGUGCCCGCUAUUUGAUGUUGGUAGUUUAUUAUUAAAGCUUAUCCUCACAGAGUCCUCCUGUUAAUAUUAAUAAUAAUUAAAGUUUGUUUCUUUUUCUCAAGC